UCAGCGGGUGCUGGCAGGGAGGGGGUCGGCUGUUUUUCUGGAGAGUUAGAGCCGAGUAAGACAAAGCACAGCGGCGGUCCCCGCAGGCGCCAUGGAACUACUGUCCUGUGUCUUGCUGUGGAAACUGGUGCUUCUUCAGAGCCCCGCGGUCCUUCUGUACUCAGGACCCUCAGGGACCGCAGCAGCCAGCAGCUCUGUGGUGUCCGAGUCCGUGGUGAGCUGGGCAGCUGGGACCCAGGCGGUGCUGCGCUGCCAGAGCCCGCGCAUGGUGUGGACCCAAGACCGGCUGCACGACCGCCAGCGCGUGGUCCACUGGGACCUCAGCGGCGUUCCGGGCAGCCAAGGGCGCCGACUCGUGGAUAUGUACUCUGCGGGUGAACAGCGUGUGUACGAGCCGCGCGACCACGGCCGCCUCUUGCUGUCGCCUUCUGCCUUCCACGACGGCAACUUCUCACUGCUCAUCCGUGCUGUGGAGGAGGGCGACGAAGGGGUGUAUACCUGCAACCUGCACCACCACUACUGUCACCUCUACGAGAGCCUGGCCGUGCGCCUCGAAGUCACGGACGAUCCCCUGUUAGCUCGCGCGUACUGGGACGGCGAGAAGGAAGUGAUGGUGGUGACCCGCGGCGCGCCGGCACUGCUGACUUGCGUGAACCGUGCGCACUUGUGGACGGACCGCCACUUAGAGGAGGCGCAGCAGGUGGUGCAUUGGGACCGACAGCUGCCUGGGGUGUCACACGACCGCGCUGACCGCCUGCUUGACCUGUAUGCAUCUGGCGAGCGCCGCGCCUACGGACCAUCCUUCCUGCGUGAUCGCGUGGCAGUAAACGCUGACGCUUUUGCACGCGGCGACUUCUCCCUACGCAUAGAUGCGCUCGAGCCGGCUGAUGAGGGCAUCUAUUCUUGCCACCUGCACCACCACUACUGCGGCCUGCAUGAGCGCAGAGUCUUCCACCUACAGGUCACUGAAGCUGCCUUUGAGCCACCUGCUCCUGCCUCUCCCGGUAAUGGGUCUGGCCACAACACUGCUCCUAGCCCAGAUCCCACACUGGUAAGUAGAUCCCGAGGCCACAGCGUCAUCAACGUCAUUGUCCCAGAGAGCCACGCACACUUCUUCCAGCAACUGGGCUAUGUGUUGGCCACCCUGCUGCUCUUCAUCUUGCUGCUCAUCACUGUAGUCUUGGCGACACGCCAUCGUCACCGUGGAGGAUGCGAGACCUCAGGCAAAAAUCCUGGGAAAUCCAAGGGGAAAGAUGUGAAUAUGAUGGAGUUUGCCGCGGCCACAAGGGACCAGGCCCCUUAUAGGACUGAGGACAUCCAGCUAGAUUACAAAAACAACAUCCUGAAGGAGCAGGCUGAGCUGGCUCACAGUCCCCUGCCUGCCAAGAAUGUGGAUCUGGAUAAAGAGUUCAGGAAGGAGUACUGCAAAUAAAAGGAUCCUGAGCUUCUGGCUGGGCCAGCAGCUCUAUACCAAAGGAUGUCUCCCUGACCUCCUGUGGCAUUCUCGGCUUCUUCUCAGCGGCUGGUCCCGCUUUCGUAGAAACUUGGCCUGAAUUUGGCCGAGCAGCUGCCUGCACUUUGUUCUUCCAAGAAUCACCCUCAUCUUGGUGAGCAACUGUGGGUUCCCUCGAGACGCUGGUAUAGUAUGGUUGCUGCCUUUCAGUCACCUGUACUCCCAACUUUGACACAACAUCCACCAAACGCACAGUCUCUCGUGGCUUCUUCCUGCUAGGGUCAGGAAGACAUUUAGACUCCUAGUCACCGUUCAACAUGUUAGCCAUUGUCUUGGGGAGCCCCCAGGAACUUUCUGGACUGCACUACGCCUAUGCAUCACUCAGAGCCCUGCUGUCACAUGUUCUGAGUCACAGGCCCUCCACUUGGAGCUGGCCCAUUGCCCCUUUUCUGCUUCGGAUCCCUUUCUGUUGACUGCCUUCCAAGAGUCGCACCAGCAGUUACUGGAUACCGUGUGACUCUUGGGCUCGACAUCCCCCUUUGCUGGAGUCUGGGAUUGGGGCUGUACUUGUCCUCUGUUUUGGCUGAAGAUGGGGGAAGAAGGUUCCGAGUGGCCUGUGCUGCCACAUCAAACAGCUCCUACUGGGGAAGUUUUCAUGUCAUAAUAAAAAACACACCUGAUUCUCA